CAAGGCUCAGUUCAAAGGAGAAGUCACAAUGCGUCCUAUUCUUGCGCUAUCCCUGGCCGUCCUGGCCACGCUGGUUGUCCUGUCCUCGCAGGCAACCUCAACAUCGCCCACGAGUAGCUCUUCCACUUCGCCGACGAGUAGCUCUUCCACUUCGCCCACGAGCAGUUCCUCCACCUCGCCAACGAGCAGUUCCUCCUCAUCGGACACAACGGCCACUACCACGACCACAACUGCCGCGACCACCACCACCACAAGCACAACUGAGGAGUCCAAGAAGAAACAUCGCCGCAGGCACCGCCGCCGGAGGAUCAUCAUCAUCCGACGCGUUGGCGGUGGAUUAAGGCGCCGCAGAGAGCGCGACGGCGACGAGGAUGGUGGCCGCGUCGUGAGGCGCAUCCGUGUGCGCGAAGGAAGAUUCAGGCGUCGUGAUGCCUUCUUCUAACGAUACACUACUGAUAAAAUAGACUCCAAUAGUAAAUAAAGAUGUAAAAAAUGCAU